AUGCUUGAGGGUGGGCUCUCCUUUCGACAAAUCGGUGCAGAAGACGAGUUUGUGGAUGACGCUCACGACCGCAGAGUGACUACAUCAUCACCUCGAACUCUGUUCGAUGAUGAUCGAUAUAGCGGGGAUGAUCUACCAAAGAAUUGGUUCUCCUGGCGCAAGCUCUGGCUCUUCAUGGGACCAGGAUUCCUCAUGAGCAUUGCAUACUUGGAUCCUGGCAACUUGGAGAGCCAGCUUCAGGCUGGCGCCAACUCUGGGUACACACUGAUCUGGGUCCUCAUGUGGGUCAUAAUCAUGGGGUAUCUGAUGCAGAUGCUGGCAGUGAAGCUGGGCGUUGCCACGGGACUCAACCUGGCUCAGCAGUGCAGGAAGGUGUACCCCGUCUUCCCGCGCUACAUUCUUUGGAUAAUGAUGGAGAUUGCCAUCAUCGGUUCAGACAUCCAGGAGGUGGUGGGCAGCGCGAUAGCGAUCUCCCUGCUGACGUACGGCGCGGUGCCCCUGUGGGCGGGGGUAUUGAUAACGGCGGUGGCCUCCUUCAUGCUGCUCCUGCUGGAGCGCUGGGGAGUGCGCAAUCUGGAGGCGCUCUUUGCGGUGCUCAUUGGCGUCAUGGCCGUCUCAUUUGGCGUCAUGUACAUCCUCGCCGGCGGAACUGGUGUGGCAGGGCUGCUGGUGCCGCGGCUGCCCAGGUCAGCGCUGAAGAUGGCUGUGGCGAUUGUGGGUGCUGGCAUCAUGCCCGCCAACUUCUACCUGCACUCCGCGCUUGUGCACUCCAGGAAGAUCGACGCGGGGCAGAACGUGCGGAAGAAGGAGGCGCUGGCGUACUACCGCAUAGAGUCGGCUGUGGCGCUGUUCUGCGCGCUGCUGAUCAACAUCUGCGUCGUGGCCGUCUUCGCGCGGGGAUUCUAUGGCACGGAGGGAGUCGAGAUCGGCCUUGAAAAUGCCGGCGCGUACCUGGGGGAGACCUUUGGCGCCUCCAUGCGCAUCAUCUGGGCCAUUGGUCUGCUUGCGGCAGGCCAGAGCAGCACGAUCACGGGAGUGUACACGGGGCAGUUUGUGAUGAGCGGCUUCCUCAACCUGCGCAUCAGCCAGUGGAAGCGCAUCAGCAUCACUCGCUCUGUUGCACUCGUGCCCACUCUUCUGGUGUCCCUGCUGUACCGCCAGCCUGGCGGCACUGAACUGGACAUCCUCAACGAGUGGCUUAACGUCCUGCAGUCCGUCCAGAUCCCUUUUGCCCUGCUUCCGCUGCUAAUGCUGACAUCCAGCCAGGUCAUCAUGGGCCCCUGCUUCGCCAACAGGAUCUCCAUGAAGGCCGCGGCCUGGGCCAUUACCGCGGCCAUCCUGACCAUUAACGGAUCCCUGCUCUAUGAGUUUGCUGUCAAGGAGCUGCCCACGCACUGGGCUGCCAGAAUCGGCUUCCUUGGCAGCGUCCUCUUCUAUGUGGGCCUCGUCGGCUACUUUGCAGUGGGGCCCCAGAGGUGA